GCAUCACCAUCAUCAUCAACGUCAUCAUCGAUUAGGCUUAGGGUUUUCGACUGGGCGGAGAUGGCGGAUCCGAACCCGCAGGAGGGACAGUUAUACGGGCGAUCAACGAUGCAUCCGCCGCCACCGUCGACUGCGGCGAUGAGAGGGCGGACGGCGCGAUCGUGGCCGGUGCCCGCGGGAGAACGAUAACCAGCAGAUUGCGGAGCGGGCGAAACGGGGCGAUGCAGCUGAUGGGAUCGAAUUCGAACCAGUUGACGCUCUUGUUUCAGGGCGAGGUCUACGUGUUCGAGUCGGUUACGCCUGAAAAGGUCCAAGCUGUUCUGCUGUUGUUGGGAGGAUGUGAGUUACCUCCUGGUGUAGCUAAUGCGGGAUUUGACAGGGGGUUUGAUGAUAUACUUCGACGUACAAACAUGCCCGCAAGAAGGAUGGCUUCAUUGAUGCGGUUCCGUGAAAAGCGAAAAGAGAGAAACUUUGAUAAGAAGAUUCGUUAUACUGUCCGGAAGGAGGUGGCUCUCAGGAUGCAGCGUCGGAAGGGGCAGUUUGUUGGGAAGGCAAAUCCUCAGGAAGGGGCAUUAGCCUCAACAAGCGGUGAUCCUGAUCAGAAUCUGAACCAGGAUGAGACUCGUCAAGAUAACAAAUGUCAAAACUGUGGCAUUAGCGAGAAGUUAACACCAGCAAUGCGACGGGGACCGGCUGGUCCCAGAUCUCUUUGUAAUGCUUGUGGACUAAUGUGGGCGAACAAGGGUACUCUAAGAUGUCCCUCUAAGGUCCCUAAAUGCAGCACAUCAGAUCCUGCCCAUCCUGAUGAGCAUGGUGAAGGCAUCAACCAAGCGGUGGUGGUAGGUGAUGGGAAAAUGCUUCUUAAUAACUCGAAUGAUGACGAUUCUGCAGCGGCCCCUACUGAAAUAGAGGCAGCGGAUAUACCAUCAGUUGUAGCAAAUGAGAUGCAAGAAGACCUUAAAGCUGAGCUAUAGCGGCUGUGUUGCCUUCUGAUACAGAAGUUCAUAUAGAUUGCUGUGAUUUAACAUGUUGGAGCAGGAUAAUGACAUAAAGGAUGGCUGGAAUCGAUGCUUAGGGUAACAUGUUUGUAAUGUCUAUUUCAUGAGAGUAGGUGAAUAUACCUCUUGCACCCUUUUCCCCCCUUUCCCCUAAUUUCAAUUUUGAAUGAUAGCGGUCAUAAUUAUGUCGUGAAUUAUGUUUAGAUAGGGAUGUGAGAUGAGUAUGAGCAUUGAGGGAGGGAGAUAUUAGAAAGGUUUCCAAGUUGAUGUAUCAUUGAUUUUAUGUCUCUUUUCAUAAAUGUCAAAAAUGUACGUGGUGGAUUGGGGUUUUGUAAAAUGCGGUUUUGUGAUUAAAUGAUCUCUAUUUUCGACA